GGCCCACCGGGAGCAGCGGGGGGCUCCCGCCGGGCCCCUCAGCGGGGCGGGGGCCCGGUCAGCGCUGGGCCCCCAGAGCGCUCCUGGCCCGCCCCGGCCUCUCGCCUCCCCGCGCGUCCCGCCCGCCCGCCCCGUGCUCCUGCCGCCGGGUCAGGCGAGCGGGGAGCCGCGAGGGACCGCCGUCUGCGGAGGAGCCCGGGUUGUGCCGGUUCGCCGGCGCCGGAGAGGGCGGCGAGGGGCCCCGGCAGCAGGCGGGCAAGCGGAGCGCGUUGCGGAUGGAGGCACAGCCGUGCCCGGGAAAGGGGAGCGCGGCGGAGGCCGAAUUCACCGUAUCCCCCCAGGGGAGGGACUGGGGGUCACCAGCGCGGAGGCGGCCUUUGCCCGAUGAAGAUGAUGUUCACAAGUGUGGUCGUUGCCAUUCUGAGUUCACCUCUUUGGAAGAAUUUGUACAACACAAAUUACAAAAGAUCUGUCAGCGAACUCAAGAAGCCAUUACUGCCCCAUCAACAAGUCUUCCUAGCCAAGAAGUACAGAAGCAGGUUGUUCCUUCUGUUGAGGAGUCCAUAACUGUUGCUCAUAUAGUUGUUGAAGCAUCUUCAAUAGCAGAAGAAAUCAGUAAUGCAUCUUCUAUAGUAGGUAGUGGGCACAUCAAAGAAGUCAUUGUCACAGGAGAACAUGUUUUUGAAAACCCAAAUGGCCAGAUUGAUGGUGAGAUCACUGAAGGGCAGGGCAGCCCCGAUGACCUGGAACAAGAUGGCUCCACAGAGCUGAUCAGGGUUAAGCUGCUGGUUAAUAAAGAAGGUCGAUAUGUGUGUGAGUUAUGCCACAAGACGUUUAAAACAGCCAGUAUCCUUAAAGCUCAUAUGAUCACUCAUAGUAGCAGGAAGGACUAUGAAUGUAAAUUAUGUGGAACAUCAUUUAGGACAAAGGGGUCUCUCAUUCGACACCACCGGCGUCACACAGAUGAGCGACCUUACAAAUGCAAGAAGUGUGGGAAAAGCUUCAGGGAAUCAGGAGCUUUGACACGGCAUCUGAAAUCUUUGACACCUUGCACCGAAAAAAUCCGUUUCAACGUGAGCAAAGAAAUAGUUGUUAGCAAAGAUGACCUGCCAACAGAAUCCUGUAGUUCAAACACAGAGACGGUUUCACCCAUAGCAAGUGAAUCCAUUGAGACUCCUGUGAUUCACCUAUUAACAGAUGCAAAAGGCAAUGUCCUUCAUGAAGUCCAUGUCCAAAUGCAGGAGCUUCCUGUUGUUGAUGCAAAAUCCUUGGAUCAAGAGCCAUCAAAUCCUGAGGAACUACCAUGUGAAUGGGAAGUGAACAAUGAGAACUUGCUGAGGCAGGCCAUGAGGAAUUCUGGGAUUGUGAUAGAAAAAGUUACUGUGGAGGAGAUGCAAAAAUCAGAUGAACCUGGUGUGGCUGCUACAGAAGAACUAGAAAAUGAAGAGAUGGAAGCAGAAGAAGAGCAGUGUGGGGAACAGUGUGUUGAAGUAGAGCAAGUAGAGACUACCGAUACAGAAACAAACGGAUACAAAAGUUAUGUUUGCCCUCACUGUAGUGAAGUCUUCAGUGGGUCUGUUUCCCUUGAAAUACACAUCAAAGGACAUCUAGGUUACAAAGUGUUUAAAUGCGAGGAGUGUGGUAAGGAGUUCAUGAAAGGCUACCUGUUGAAAAAGCACCAAGAAGUGCAUGUCAAUGAGCGGCGCUUCCGUUGUGGUGAGUGUGGCAAGCUCUACAAGACCAUCGCGCAUGUGAAGGGACACAAGAGGGUGCACUCAGAUGAGCGGCCAUAUUCCUGUCCAAAGUGUGGCAAGAGAUACAAAACAAAGAAUGCCCAGCAGGUUCAUUUCCGCACUCACUUGGAAGAGAAGCCCUACACUUGCCAGUUCUGCAACCGGGGCUUUCGGGAGAAGGGCUCGUUGGUUCGUCACAUCCGUCACCACACAGGCGAAAAGCCAUACAAAUGUUACAAGUGUGGACGUGGGUUCGCAGAGCAUGGUACUCUUAACAGGCACUUAAAAACCAAAGGUGGCUGCCUUCUUGCAUUGAAAGAGGUUGAAGAAGUGAUGGUUUCUGAGGAAAGUCAAUCAGCUGACAACUUAGCGGCAACAGUUAUUUCUGAAGAUCCUCAUACUGUUCUAGUAGAAUUUUCUUCAGUGGUGGCAGAUACUCAGGAAUACAUCAUUGAGACUGCUACUGAAGAAAUGGAGACCAGUGAAGCUACUGAAAUAAUAGAGGGAACAAGACACGAGGUUGACAGUCACAUUAUGAAGGUUGUGCAGCAAAUAGUAAAUCAAGCAAACUCUGGCCACCAGAUCAUUGUGCAGAACGUUACAGUGGCAGAAAACUCUGAAGUAACUACUGACACUGCAGACACUAUCACCAUAGCAACACCAGAAAGUCUUACAGAGCAGGUUGCCAUGACACUGGCUUCGGCUAUUGGAGAAGGAGCUGUGCUGACAACAGAGGGUAGCAUUGAGACAGAAGAAGCAACUGUGACAAUGGUUGCAUCAGAGGAUAUUGAAAUAAUGGAGCACGUAGGAGAGUUUGUGAUAGCCUCCCAGGAAGGAGAGGUGGAAGUUCAGACAGUGAUUGUCUAGGGGCUAACAUCUAGUGAAUGGCAGACCUUAGAGCAGUGGUGGACAUCUGGUAGGCCGCGAGACAGUUUGUUUACAUUGACUGUCCGCAGACAUAGCCACCCGCAGCUCCCAGUGGCUGUGAUUUGCCAAUCCCAGCCAAUGGGUGCUGCAGGAAGCAGCAGCGUGUCCCUGCGGCUUCCCACAGCUCCCAUUGGCCAGGAACAGCAAACCACUGACAGUAAUGUAAACAAACUGUUUCGCGGCCCGCCAGUGGAUUACCCUGACAGGUCGCAGGUUGCCCACCACUGCCUUAGUCAAGUGUUUUUUCACCAGGGCAGGCACCAGGCUCAAUCAGCACUAAAGCUUGCUGUUCCAGGUGCUUGGGGAGCAGGAGAGAAACUCUUCUUAAAAUAUAUAAGGCAACACUUUAUAAACUGCAAGUGGUAUAAACUAGGACAUUAUACAUUUUCCUGUUUUAAAAUGGAAAUGCCAGUACCAUAAAGACCUCUGCCUAGCUUUAAGGUGCAAUAAGUGACUGAUAGUCUUAAUUCACACACCUAACUUUUUGUACAGCUGCCUCCAAUAAAGGAAUAUCCUUUGCAAAGCAUUUACCUCAGACCAUUGGACAGUAGUGUUCUGGUAUUUAAGUCGCAACUUAAAUGGAAGAUAUGUCUUGCUCUGAGAGAAUCAGAUUAAUAAAUAACUGAAGAGUUUCUGGGCGAAUUUACCACUGAUGAAAGGCCAUGGUUUCAUGCCUUCCAACCACACUACUUUAAUUCUCAUAAGGCAUAGUAAUAUAGGUUUCUCACAGAUAAUAGCCUUUUAUAGAGAGAUCUGACAGAAUGCAUCAUAUCCUUGCAAUGCUCCAUAAGUGGCUACUUGAAGUUAACUUUUUCAUGUAUGAAGCCAUACUGUACAUGAUUCUUUUUUAACUGUAUACAGAUUUUUACUUGCAGAGUGUAAAUAGAAUACAUUUUUUAAAAAAUAAAAUAUUUAAAGUUC